AGGUGGCAGUACUGUGAUUUUUUAUAUUUUGGAUUAAAUGUUCAUGUUCUUCUCGGGGCAGCAAUGGACUCACUUUGUACUAUCUGGAUAAAAUAAGUUUGAAAAAAUGAUGUACACUCAGUAGUACAAAACCUCCAGCUGAGUUCUCGAAAGGGCCACUACUUUUCUCGAGGAUUACCCGGGGUUUUAGCCGACGAGAAAGAUGCCGCCUGCAGCCGGAGAUAAGGAUCUGGCGAAAUUAAACGAGGAUGAGACGCUUGCCGGCGCGAACUUUGAUGGCGAACACGCGAAGUUGGUAUCCGGUUCUUCUCCCUCUCCUGAAAUAUCAAUUGAAACUUCUCCCCAUCCCUGUCCUGUUGCAGUGAUGCUGCUGUCGUCUUCAGGGACUUCUGUUUCAUCUCACUAAUGAUUGAGGAUAGUCAUUUGGAUUGCACACAUGACACGUUGACGUCUUCUAAAAUGAUUGGGAAGAAGGUGUCUUGUUUUACCUCUACCUGUACAACCAGAUUGAUAAAGAAGAAGAUCUUUUUUAUGUGACGAGCUGCUCGUUCGCUCACAACUUGUUGUGCCAGGGAUUGAAGAAUGACAGUUCCUCGGAAUAUAUUUUAUCGCCACGACGUCGCCCCACCCUCACCGGGACGUCACACACGGCUACAACUUUCCAUCCUCGCCAAACAGCUUGCGCGCGCUGCUUACAGCGACAAGUUGUUGAAGCCAGAAAAUGCGGCAGAUUUUCCCUUGGUGGAGUUCAUCGAGCACCAAAUGGGUGCUCGUGCGAACGACGACGAUGGUGCGGGGACGGACAGGACACACCCUUCGUGGUUGCGGGACCAAUCGACUUUGAUCGUUGGAGCCACACGAGUGCUCGACUUAAAGCAGGAGGUGAACGAUCGCAACGUUCAAGACAACUACGAAAAUAUGCGACAGAAUUACGAGUUCCAAUCCGGGGGAGCGGCAGCGAAAGAGAAAAAAGACGUACUUUCUUCAGCUUAUAUAUUGGAUUAUUAGGGAUACGGAUAGAGAUAUGAUAGAUAUCCAUAUCCUCAUCAUCACCUUCAUCAGAGCUUCUUGGCGUGGUUGUUGUUUUUGAGGAUCACGACACUAAUAUUUCAACUUUUUAGGGACCAACUCGGGGACAACGAAAAUUAGACGAAGAUGUGCCGGACGACGCUAUCCUCGAUGCGGCACCCGUUACUCUAGACUGGAGCAACCUGCGAAACCAAGCAAAAAUAAACGACAUCACUCUUGCUCCGGAUAUUGUGGUACAUCUUCAUGAUCAUGUAAAUCAUGUUGGUGUUACAACAAAUAUUCAGUACAUCAUACUCUAACUGUAACUCGUACAUGAUGAUAGAACUAGCAAUAGAGCCGUGUAGUUGUUGAACAAAGAAAGAAAAAUAUGUAGACGUUGGAGAAGAAUAACGCGGAUGCGGGAUCGGGAAAAAGGUAUCCCUCUAUGCUUGCAACCCCCUCACAACAGCCCCUCGGUCGCAAAAAGAACGAAUUGGACGUGCUAGAGAACGAAGUUGGUCGUGAGGAGGGACUCGAUGUGAUGAUGGUCCUGUCAGAUAUGGCGGGCGCAGCCGGAGAUGAUUUAGACUUUGGAGCAUUCGAGGUGGAGGAGGACUCCUUUCCCGAGGCAGGUGGUGACCUCGAUCAACAAAGCGCUAAGAUGUCAAGACCGGACUCGCCGAUUCGAAACUCUGAUCGUGGGGUAAAAAUUCUUUUGCUUGGCGAAAAUUUUUAAGUGUAACUUUCAAAUCAUCAUCGUUCUCAGUGAAAAUUUUUCUGCUUAGUCAUCUUUCCUAGAAUCUAAUAGAAAGGAACAUAUCAGGCGGGGGCAGCGGGUGGUGCAGGAGACUUAGACCCAGACCCGUUUGAUGGAGGAGGCGGCGACUUUCAUCUUAGCGAGGACCCCUUCGCAGAGGAUCCUCCUGGCAAAUCAGAUCGCUUAUUGCCACCCGCGACACCGCGAAAGGAGGAGCAGCAACCAUCUGGGCAAGUCCCGGGCGCACCGGGCGCGGAGUCCAAACUUGGUUUUGGCGAACACUUACUCACGUCAGGUUUAGAAGGGGGAGUAGGAAACGCUAGCUUCAUUGGUCAGGCAAGCAACAUGCAGUUUGUGGGAGGUGGUGUGCCUGGGCUGGGUGCAGCUGCAUCCUCAUUCAGUGCGGGGCUUUCGAGUGUUUUUCCAGGACCAGGAACGUCGGGUCCAGCGGACCCUAAUGCACUGAUGUCUAGACUCGCAGCGGGUGGUCCCGGUGGCGCUUUGGGAUCCGACCUUUCGGUACCGCAACCCCAACGGAUUACGAAAAAGCGCGCUUUCAUGACACUGAACCAAGAGGACCGAAUUCGGCGGAUCUACGCUGACCAACUCACGACCAGGGCAAAUAAACCCGGCACUUCGACGAGUACAAAAAUGUAUACUUAAAUGUAAGUAAAUUGGAGAAGACGUCGUCGUGUCACUCUCCCGCAUUUUGUCGUCCUUCUCGUUUGAGUUUGACUGUGGCAACUUAUAAUAAUUUUUGUGCUGAAAAAGAAGAUCAAGAUUUUCUAAUUUCGAUGAUUCACGUCCACGACUGUAGAUUUUCUAAUGUCGAUGAUUCACGUCCAUCACGUCCACGACUGUAGGUGAGUCGGCGCGGACCGUUUUAAGCGGAGAGGAAAUGAGGGGGUGGAGCAAGAAAAGGCGGAAGUUUACGCUUCCCAUUAACGAUUCUAUCCUGAACGAGUUUCACCAUCUUGGCUUUCCGAAAGGCGGCCGGUCUCAAUUUUCGCUGUUGAUACACCAUCACCUUGCGGAAGACAUGAUCUUCCACCAGACCCGUCGGCUUUGGCAACAGCAGAACGGUAUUGUGCCGUCGGGUGGUAGAGGAGCGGCUGUAGGAGCAGUGGCAGCCCAAAGGUUCGCCAUGAAACCUUUCAUUCCAGCUGCAGCACUUGCAGAGGAACAGGAGUCGGCUAACCGGAAGCGAGCGCGACAAGACGAACAAGAAGAGGAGUUUGCAGGUGUGCGCGGAACGUCACCAAAACAUAUGGAAGAUUCUUUGGUACGUGAAUCCUAGAAGUUAUACUCAUGAAAGUUCUAGAUUCUAGAAGAUGUAGUUCUUACUGUGCAAGCUACUACCUAGAAACUUUUAGCAACUGCAAGUGCAACGUCAACGACGGUCUAUUUUACCUCUCUUCUAACAAUAACUUCAACAACGAGGACAUGUCACCCGCGGCGCGGGUUUCAUUUGGAGGUGCAGAUGGUUUUAGUCCAGCAGCCGGCUCUUCCCUUGGAGGAGGUUUCGGGUUCUCGCCUGGUGGCAGAGACGCUCGCUCCCCACCUGCUUUACAGAAGAAAGCCACGAUGCAUGCAGUUGUCGCGAUUGAGGCGGCGGAUGAGGAAGGCGAAGCGGUUGUAGGCUACUCCGCGAGAACAGAGAAGAUGCACUGCUAUAUCAGCCAGAAACUGAAAAGCGCGGCAGCAACGGCGAAUUUGCUGGAUAACUCGUCAGAGGGCGAAGGCGAAACUAGAACUACUACGACCAAGAAGACGUCGAAAAAGAAGAAAGGGCCACAGGUGUCGUACCGAAGUUUGUGCCGUGAAGAACGCUUCGAGCACAUGCAAGAGAAGAGAAAGGCAAUAGCGGGAUGUUUUUUCGAGAUGCUAGUGCUGAAAACGCACAGUGUCAUCGACGUUGAGCAGGCGACACCAUUCGGAGAUAUCAUCGUGUCACACGGCAAGAACUGGACCGAAGACCCUGAAGUCGAGGCGCCAAAACCAAAGCAAGCAGGUGGCAAGAAGAAGAAAGAAAAGCCUUCGUCACCACUGCAGAAGGCGUUUAAGACGUAGCUGAUUUUUUCCAUAGGAUUCUGAAAUAAUGACGGCGGUAAUGAUAAUUCUAGGAUGAACAAAGUAAUAAGUACACUUAAUACUUCUCAAUGUCUAUGCCAAUCAAGGACCUGGCACUCUUGAUGAUGAUUUUCAAAGUACUUACUUACUUUUCUUUGACACGCAGAUUUUUUUUCGUUUUGGUUUUCUGUCUGAAUAUAUAUAUCUUCAUCAGUACGCCGCACCUACACCGAGCAAUUGAUUCAACAUCCUCCAGGGUCAGAGGAUAACACGCUUGUGUGAUAGGGUGGUAGUAAGUUCUUCGUAUGUCAUUUGGUUGUGUCCCAGAUUUGCGGUCCCAUUUUAUUAUCCCAUGAUAGAAUAUAUUGAUAUCUACUCCCCAUUCGUUCGUACCAUACGACGCUUCUUUUUCUAAACACACAAUCACAGGAAAAGAAGUAGUCGUGGCUCAACCUAGACGUCUUAUUGAAGAGCCUUCUCGUUGCCUUUCUUUACUGUAGAAUUUGUACACAAGAAGUACUCAGACACCACACUUCUUCACUGGUCCGUCGCACAAGCAGUCCGCGGAUCCUUCUCGUCCUUCGCGUUAUUUGAC